GUGAACAAAGAUGGCUGGUUACGAAGAAGUGCUCAUAAAUUCUUUUCGCAAUUUUCCAGUAUUAUUUGAUCUUGCGGACAGAAAUUAUAAAAAUGAGCCGAUGAGAGUGAAUGCGUGGCAUCAAAUUCUAGACGAUCUGAGAACUGUUGGCUUUACAGGAACAGUUGAGGAGCUCAAGGCAAAAAUGAAAAGCCUUAGGGACGUAUACGUCAGAUACAAAAAGAAAAAUGAUGCUGCCAUAAAAUCAGGAGCUCCAGCCUCAUCCACACCAUCAUGGGAGUUUUGGGGUUUGAUGACAAUGGUUGGACGAUUACAGAAAGCGUGAACGGUAAGGCAUACAUAUUAACAUUAAU